CUGAGCGUGAUUGUUUAUUGAAUGAAAUUAUGAAAGAUCAAUAUUUCAAUGGAUGAAAGCAAUUGUUGAUACAAGAAAUGGCGACUUUGAAAAAGACGGAAGAGGACGAGAUAGUCCGAGAAGUGUUUUCAAUUCAGCCAAUUAUUAUUGGCUCUUUCUUUACGCUUUUGAUCAUCAGUUGUCUAAUGCUGAGAUAUCUUAGUAUGCUGACUUGUCUUUGGGCAUUGUUAGUUGGCAGUGGACUUGCUUAUGUUAUCUUGAUUAAUUUUCCAUUUGUCCCAAGUUUUUGGUUUUUUCAAAAGCUCCGUAAUAAGCCAAAACAGAUCAGCGAUAACAUCUCAAUGGCUCGUUGCUCAGUUUGUCAGAAGUUUAAAUGUCAGCGACAUAGGCAAGAAAUAUCUGAAUUUGACCUUGAGCCUUGGAGGAAUCUUAAAAUGAACAAAGCAAUAGACGAUGCCAUUGAAGAGUUUUUGGAUCUUCUCUUAGAAAAUUACGUAUACUAUUGGUACAGGGAAAAGUUAAGCUCAGACGAAAGAUUAGUUGAUGAGCUACGAAAGUCUCUAAGACACAUAUUUUCCGUUGUGUAUCGUCGAUUGAUAAAGGUUGAUGUCACCGAUCUCGUUAUAAAGAAACUUGUAAAAAACUUCUUACAACAUCUUGAUUCUUAUCUAAAAGUACGAAGAAAACUUAGAGAAAAUUCUUAUACCAACAGCAAGGAUAUAACGUUGUUAUUACUGAGAGAAAAUGGUUUGAAUGUACAUAAAGCUUUGUAUAGUAAAUGGAAUGAACGUCAAUAUCAGCGUCAACUUCUUCAUUCUUUAUUACCUCAUGUUUUACCUCGGUCUGCAUUACAAUCAAGGAGCGCCUGUGGUCUCUUUGGUGAACUCUUGGUUUAUGGUGUAUUUACGACUGGGAUAGAUGUCAUAGUUCAACCGGAUUUUGUUAAUCAACUUCUUUUGAUCUUGUUGGAUAAGAAAUCUAUGGAAGAACCUUUGGAACCGAAGACAGACGAAGUGGAAGUACUCGCAAAAUUUGCUAAAUCACGCGGGAAAACUCCUUUUAAUGCUCUUCAAUGCACAAUGCCUCAGAUCAUCAACAAUCCUCCUGUUUUAUUUCAUUUUAUUAAAUUCAUGAAGGAUCAGGGUUCCUUGAAAGUUUUACAAUUUUGUUUAUCUUUAGGUAUGAAGAUCUUUGAUUUGUUUCAGGUCUUAUGUGUCUUGGAAACGUUUUAUUUUAUUGAUGUUUUAGACGAUUUCAAUAAACGAAUUCUCGUUCCUAAUCUUACCCACCAAGAUAAAGAAAAAUUAAUUGAAGAGGCAAAUACAUUAUACGGUAAAUAUUUUGUGAAAGGCUCUCCUGAUUUCAUCGAAUUUGACGAGGACAUUGUUGCAAGUCUCAGAAAAGUGUUGGAGUCUUCAUUUGAUCAACUUACUCCUUUGGAAAUGGCAACACCUCUCUACAGAGCUUACGAGCACGUCUUUGAUCUCUUAGAACAUAUUUACCUACCUUUAUUUCAUCAAAGUGACCAGUAUUUCUUCAUGAUUUGUGGUAAAAGAGUGAUCAGCCAUUUACAAAACCGUCGCAAAGAAAUCUUAAAAGAAAAACGACAAAUGGUAGGAAAUUGUUUACCUCUAUAUUUCCUUCGAAAGGUAAUGAGCAAUGUUAUCAUCUUAUUUCAUCUAUCUUCGUAGCAGUGAACG